CAUGGAGGAGAAGGGUUUCGCCAAGGAGCUGGAUCAGUGGAUCGAGCAGCUGAACGAGUGCCGGCAGCUGAGUGAGAGCCAGGUCCGCAGCCUCUGCGAGAAGGCUAAGGAAAUCCUCACUAAAGAAUCCAAUGUGCAGGAGGUACGUUGCCCAGUCACCGUCUGUGGAGAUGUCCAUGGGCAGUUCCAUGACCUUAUGGAGCUCUUCAGAAUCGGUGGGAAGUCGCCAGACACAAAUUACCUGUUCAUGGGUGACUACGUGGACAGAGGCUACUACUCGGUGGAGACGGUGACUCUUCUAGUAGCAUUGAAGGUGCGUUACCCAGAGCGCAUCACCAUCCUGAGGGGCAACCACGAGAGCAGGCAGAUCACACAGGUGUAUGGCUUCUACGACGAGUGCCUGCGCAAGUACGGCAACGCCAACGUCUGGAAGUACUUCACAGAUCUCUUCGAUUACCUGCCGCUCACAGCUCUAGUAGAUGGCCAGAUAUUCUGUCUCCAUGGUGGCCUCUCUCCAUCCAUAGACACACUGGAUCAUAUCAGGGCUCUGGACCGCCUGCAGGAAGUUCCACAUGAGGGUCCCAUGUGUGAUCUGCUGUGGUCGGAUCCGGACGAUCGCGGCGGCUGGGGCAUAUCUCCACGUGGUGCUGGCUACACCUUUGGGCAAGACAUUUCUGAAACAUUUAACCAUGCCAAUGGUCUCACACUGGUCUCCCGUGCUCACCAACUUGUCAUGGAGGGUUAUAACUGGUGCCAUGACCGGAACGUGGUGACCAUCUUCAGCGCGCCCAAUUACUGUUACCGCUGUGGGAACCAGGCUGCUAUCAUGGAACUAGAUGACACUUUAAAAUAUUCCUUCCUCCAGUUUGACCCAGCACCUCGUCGUGGAGAGCCUCAUGUUACCCGUCGCACCCCAGACUACUUCCUAUAAACCUCUCCUGACCUUAGCAGAAGGAAGGACAACCUGGCAUUGGAAAAGAGCAACAAUCUUGACACCUUUCUGUGAGAAAUCAGGGUUCGUCUCAGCUGCAGAAGCCCCAUCAUGGACCAAAAUGUGCCAUACCGAGGACGAAGAGCGUUCAGCACAACUUGAGACUGAAUUCCUUCCACCACUCUUUCUCUGUCUUUCUCUCUCUCUCUGCCCUCUUCCCACCAGCCCAACACAGUCAGUUUGCCUGCUGUAUUUGUAGUCAUUGGGUUUGGGUUUGGUUGGUUUGGUUUUGGUUGGUUUCUGUUUGUUUGUUGUUUUUUGUUUUUUUCUUCUGGACUGUUCAGAGAGGAAAAGGUAACUCUUAUAACACCACCUCCAUCUCGCUUCUUUCUUUGUACAUUUUUAGUUCUAGUGUUUAACUGGCAUGACUUUAGAGUUUAUUUCUGAGGGAAAUGCACACUAACUUUCCUCCCCCACACCACUCUUAUUUUAUUGAAAGCCCAAGUGACUUAACUGGAGAAAGGAAGCAAUUCCUGCUUGGGAGUACGUUGUCAUAACACAGAGAAAAAGCCUUCCCCUUUUUAGCUCCAUUCCCCUUCUGUGUUGAUCCUGCUUUUUUUUUUUUUUUUUUUUUUUUUUUUUUUUUUUUUGGUGUGUGUCGGGGUUUUUUUGUUUUGUUGUUAUUCCCGCUCCAACCCCCCUCCCUUCCCUCCUCGCCCUCUCCCCUCUGUAUAUUUGUCCCGGAAGUGCUUGCAGAUCCUCCUCGCUGUACCUGAACCAAUAAACUUGCCAU